ACGGCUAUAAAGUCUCUGUGCUAAAAUGGCCCUCAUCAAUGUCCCUUCGACCUCACCAAGAGACGGCCUCGUUUGUCAACCUUCGACUCUCAGAUAGGCCUCACCGUCUCUAAAACAUCAAUCAUAUCCACCGGGAACUACUAGAAAACUCAGAAGUGGCGGCCGGCGGAGAAGCUGAGAAAUGGGCAUGCAAAUGAGGAUUAUUAGCUACCACCACCAUCUCCUUCAUCACAAUGCUUCUUCUGCAACUCCGGCAUUCUCAAUGUCUUUACGCCCUUUUUCUUCUUCUUCAAUUUUAUUCCGAUUUCACAAGAACCUCGCCGGCCGAAGCUUAAUCAGAACGACGAAAGGAAGAAGUAAUUAUCAUAACUAUGGGAUUGUGGCCUCAAGCAACGUGGGUGCGCCGCUUUGGGAAGCUUGGAAACCUGACAAGGCUUCUUCUGCUCCUUCCCUCAGCGAUGUUCUUUGGCCUUCUGCAGGGGCAUUUACAGCAAUGGCGAUAUUGGGAAGAAUAGAUGAGAUGCUAACACCAAAAGGAGUUUCAAUGACAAUUGCACCUUUAGGAGCUGUUUGUGCUGUCCUCUUUGCCACUCCCACCUCUCCAGGUGCUCGGAAGUACAACAUGUUCAUGGCACAAAUUGGUUGUGCAGCCAUUGGUGUCCUAGCACUUUCUGUAUUAGGGCCAGGGUGGCUUGCCCGGAGCUUUGCCCUCGCUGCUUCCGUUGCCUUCAUGAUCUUCACACGCUCCACUCAUCCGCCAGCUGCGAGCUUGCCAAUACUCUUCAUUGACGGAGCAAAGUUGCAUCACCUGAAUUAUUGGUAUGCUUUCUUCCCCGGCGCUGCCGGAUGCAUCCUUCUUUGCUUGAUUCAAGUGAUGGUGUUACACUUGAAGGACAACUUCAAAUUCUGAUCCGAAAACGAAACAAUGCUUUGAUCUGUAAAGAUUGUAAUCUGAAAGUUCUCUCUCGUACACCUCGACCGAUCGACUGUGGUCCUUGGUGGAUUGAUGGUUCCUGGUUCUAAAAUUGAUCUGUUGAUGUCGUCGUAUAAAUAUCUGCUUGCCAUGGACCAUGGAAUUUUCUGCAAAAUUCCAUGAAAUUUAUUGUACAAACCUCAUUAUUUCAUCAAACUGGCAAAAAUUGAAGAGUUGUAGUA